UACGAAAAAGAGUAUUAAUGAUAUUAAAAAAAUGAUAAUCAUGUUAAUUUUUUCAUCGAUUUCAUAUAUUUUUAUAAAUAAAAAUUCUUCAUUGUUCUUAUGGAAGUUAGUUAUGAGAUCGAUAAAAUUUAUUCGAACGAUUAAAGAACUUUUUCCUUUGAAUGGAAAUCGACAGAAAUUCGUCACGAUUCGUUCAAUCGUAUGUACAUAUUUAUGUACUUACGUACAUAUACGAGAGCAUGAUCAAACGAAUAGUAAAAGACCAUUAAAGGAGAAAAGUCAAAAUUACGAUGAAAAAAGGGACAAAAGGAAAAGCAAUAUAUCUAUGUGAAAACAAUCUCAAUAUGGGUGGGUCGUAUGUUCUUCGAGAUGUUUUCACGUUUCCGCUAUUCGCAAAGUCGAUUUCCACGCGAUCAGUAUAAUUACAUUAUACGUUUAAACAGAACUACGCCCAAGUGAUAAUCGUAAAUCUAAAUUGGAUCAAUCAACGAUUAACCUUAUAAUCAUUUAUCUAUUAUAGUAAUUACAUAGGUGUAAUGGCUUUGACCAAAUUAAUUCGUUACGAAAUUUCUAUUCGCGUGGAAUACGUAAGCACGAAUUUUGUAAGAUAAAUUAGCCAUCGAUCGAUCGAAUUGAAUUAUUUUUCUUUCAUUUAGAAAAAUUAUAACAUUUUGCCAAUUAUUUCCAUUGAAUGUAAUAUUAUAAUAUGCAAGAUUAAUUUAAAUAGAAAUAUAGGUUAUAUUUAUGCUAUUCAUCGUCUUUUGCGUGUAUGACUUUAGCGACACGUACGGACAAAAUACGAACUAAAAGCGUAAGCUAGUCGCAUUGUGUGAGUAUCGUAUAGUAUAUGUAUAUAUAUUUAUAUAUCUCACAUAUCAUGAUCGGAUUCGUACAGGUUAAAGUAGGUAGUGUUACAUAAUACUUAUAUAUUAUAUCAUUUUAAUAUAAAUUAAAAUAUAGGACGUAUCUAUCGAUAAUGGGUAGUCAUGUGUAUCAUGAUUUGUUGACAGUUCACGCGAAAAACGAUCACAAGAUAACAACACUUUUCUUUUGUUAUUAUACAUUAUCGUAAUAGUAAUAUUACUGUUACUAUUACGAUUACAAUCUACGUAAUAAUAGAUAGUAAUAGGAAUAAUAUAAAAUGGAUUAUUAUUCCUGCAGAGGAAAUCAUAAAAAAAAAAAAAAAAAAAAAAAAAAGCGCUUAGAGAAAAAUCUCGUAGAUGGUGCGUAAACAAACUCGUUUAUUUUUAUAAAAAUAAUAUAUAACAUUGUCAGCUGAUAAAAUGUUUACCAACGUUUCUGCAAAUGCAUUGCCUAUAUCUCUUACGCGAGAUAUUUUGUAGUCUAGAUAUUUGUACUAAAGGAUUCGUAAAAAAACUAAACGACAAAAGUACAACCCUUUAAAAUAAGAAUUUCUUUAUGUAAGAAAAGUGACUGUGGCUACUAUGGAAAAAUUAAAAGAGCAUGGCUGGUACCUUUCUAACCAUGGAUUUAAUCUUGUCAGCGAUUCUGGAAAUAUCAAUGACUUAGAGAAAAUAUUGAGACGUUGUCUAGAUCUCGAUCUAAAGGAAAUUGGUAGUGGUCAAGGUGAUAUUCAUCAAGGAAAUAUUGUAUUACAAAUACAAAAAUUACGUAAUGUUGCUGCCCCUAAAAGUAAUGAAGAAUCUCGUGGUGCACCGCGUAUGUUAAAAUUAUCAUUAACCGAUGGUAAAAAUAAUUAUCAAGCUGUAGAAAUUGAAUCACUCUCUUCCAUAAGUUUAAACACACCUCCUGGUACAAAACUAUUGCUCAAGUCAGGAAGUAUACCCAUGUCACAUGGAAUUAUUUUGUUAAAACCCUCGCACAUAAGUCAACUAUUAGGAGGAAGAGUAUCGAGUCUUGUAGAGAAAUGGGAAUUAAAUAAAAAAUUAGCACAUCAUUCAAGAGUAAGAUCCGCGGAGGAAGGUGGUCCUCCACCAUGGAUACCAUUUGGAAAAAAGAUUAUCAAAGUUUCUGAUCGUGAUAAAAAUUUCAAAGCAAUAGCAGAAAAGGAUAAAACUAGUAAAGAAAAUGCAGAAUUUGAAGCACAGCGUAAAGAUGCAAUAGCUGAGGCUGCUAAGCAAGGUAGCAAAAAAGUUUUUGGUGGUGGAAAUAAACAGCUAUUAGAUCAUAGUGUACAAAGGAUAGUAGAACAAGGAUUUUCCAUAGAACAAGCUGAAUAUGCUUUGCGCGUAAACAGAAAUAAUGUUGAUAAAGCAAUCAAAAGUUUACAAAGAACUAAUAAUAAACACAAAGAGUCAAGGGAACCAAGAGAACCAAGAAGUAAACGUUUUGAUAAAAAAUCUGAGGAAAGUAAACCAAGCAGUGGGAAAAUAUCUUUAUUUGAUUUUCUUGAGGACAAAUUGCCAAUUCAACCGGAGCCGAUAGAAACUACUCAAAAUAAUUAUGUACAAAAUAAUGAAAAUAAUGUUGAACGUCUCGAAUCAAAAGCAGAUACACAUAAUGUUAGAGGAGGACGAUCUCAAAGAGGAGGUCGUGGGUAUCAAGCUCCACCAAGACAUAGUGAAGAAAAUAAGGCAAAUAAAAGAUUAAAUAAUAAUAAUAAUUCUGGUACUUCACAAUACUCGCAGUACAAUGGAAAUAGUAAUACUCAACAAAGUAAACCACCAAGAUUUCAACGGAAUCAGGAUACUCAUGGUUACUAUCAUCAAGACAAUGGAAAUAGAACUGGUCCUCAAAAGAAUCAACAUAAUGAAUAUAAAAAUUCUCUUCCUCAAUCACAUUCUGGUAUUGGAUAUACUGAUGAUAGUGGUGGUUGUCAUAAAAAUCAACAUGAGCAACAAGGAAAAAAUUCUUCUAAUAAUAGAAAUUAUAAUCAUUACGAAUCAGAAACCAGAAAUAGACACCUUGCUGAUAAUUCUUACAACAGACACAAUCGAGUACAAGAGACAGGAACUAGAAUUUAUGGAGCAAAUACACCCGAUAGGAAUUAUAGAAAUCAGUUAAAUAAAUAUCAAUUAAAUGAUAAUGCGAGUAAUAGGGAAAACGUUGGAUCUACUGCUCACAAAAAUGAAAAUCAUAAUUUAAAUAAUCAAAGUACCAAUGUUCCUGUCAGUACUCCAUGGGUAUGGCAAAUAGGUGAUAAGUGUAUGGCUAAGUAUUGGGAAGAUAACAGAUAUUAUAAUGCUGAAGUGACUGCCGUAUCUGAAAGAACGUGCGUUGUACAAUUUAAAGGUUUUGAAAAUUACGAAGAAGUGCUUCAAGUAGAUUGUAUACCUAUAACGGAAGACAUUCAUAUGGAAAAGAAUGACCGAGGAAGGGAUCAAAGAGCAAAUAAUAGACAAACUCGAAAUGAGCAAAGUCAAAAUAACAUUGCGGCUGGUAUGGAGUUCCGUAGAAGUGGCAAUGGACCUAGUUCUGGUAAUAAAGGUUAUAGCAAGAAGAGAGGUCCAGUACGUAGUACUCAGCCGAUCUAUCAGCCACCGGCACAACGAAAUCAUUAUUCCAUGCCAACCAAUAUACAAAAUAAUUCUCUACUCUAAUGUGUGUAGUACCAAUAAUUUUCUUUAGAAAAGUAAAGGAAGCUCUACUGAAUAUUCAGUCAUAGUUUUGCUGCUGGUUCAAGACUGACUCUAUGGAGCACCACAUACUUUCCAUAUGUGCAGAGAUAAAUUCUACAUGUGCAAGUCCGUAGGUUAUUUAAGGAAUAAUUAAAUGAAUUUUUUUGUGUGGCAAAUGAUUUGUACUCAACGUUGAGAUUCAAUAUGUAAUAACUGUAUAAUUAUGAUACAAAUUGUUUCCUUAUGUGGUAUGUGAAGAAAAUGGAAGCUAACACUUCAAAAAAAAAAAAAAAAUAUAUAUAUAUAUAUCGAUACUAAAAUAUUAUUCCAUAUUCCUAAUCACAUAACACAUAAUUGAGUUGAGAUGAUUAAUGUUAUCCUUUAUAUAUAUAAAAAAGAAAAAAAAAAUGAAAAUACAUCGUCAAAAAGAGUCAUAGAAAUACUGAAUAAAACAUUUCUUUUUUUUUUUUUUUUUUUUUAAAUCUU